UAGGCUGUGCUUUCAACGUUCACAUCCCGGAUAGGUGACGAAUGGUACUUAGUCUCCAGGACUGAUGGUGAUGCCAUUAUAUGUAAAGGCGCAGCGCACCACUCAUGAAUCAUGAUCAUUUGUGUACUGCUGGACUCUGAAGCCAUCAAAGAGGCACUCUUCGUGCUGUAUAUGAUCAUGCAUCUAUCUAAUCGGAGAUGGAUGGGGGUUAUUUACUCUCGUCCCGCCAUCGCACUGAUAGAAAAAUGAUAAUGAUGUGCUCUGGGGAUUUAAAACUUCCCCAACAAAACACGUUUACCCAUCAUUGCUUCAACGCUCGCUCCCCGACCACGCCAUGUCUAGUAUGAUGUCGCUCGAUGAAGCUAUUGUAGUGAGCAAAACACUGAUCCUCACCUCGCUCUUCCACUGGGGCCUCUUUGGCAUCCUCACUGUCCAAAUCUUCCUAUAUCACAAGUCGUUUUCCCGAGACAAGCUCGCGAUCAGAGUUAUAUUUUAUUGGAUCUAUAUCAUGGAGGCAGUACAGACCGUUUGGGUAGCGAGGAAGGUGUACUUGUUUUGUGGAAGCGGCUUUGGAAACGCCACUUUCAUCCUUGAUGGUCGAUUGGAUUGGGCGGACGAGGCUUUUGUUGUCAAAACUGGGAUCGUUGGGCUACUAUGUCAAUGCUUUUCGGCUUGGAGAAUUUGGGUCUUGUCUAGAUCGAAGGUCAUGACAGUUUCGGUGAUCAUACUAUCUCUGCUAAGUACGGCAGCGACAUUCGCCGGAGGCGCACGGAUGAUAGAAUUAGGAUUCAGUUUCCCCAAGGAUUUCACCACGAAUGUAUGGGCUGCAAGCUCGGCUCUCUGCGACACCACAAUCGCGAUUUUCAUGGGAGUGAUUCUUAAACGAUCGAAAGGAAGGGUACAAAUAGGCACUAGGACGCUCAUAACCAAGAUCCUGUGGUUAACCGUGACGACGGGGGCAUUGACUGCAUUCAUGGCAUUAUCCGCUCUGGUUUUGCUCCUGAUAUCUCCGAGCGCAGUUUUUUAUUUCCCUGUCAUCGUGCUGAUAGGGAAGGUGGAGGCUAACAGUUACCUCGCCGUUCUUAAUUCCAGAAUUCUGCUUGGGGGUAGUAGAGACAAUACUCAGACGCCAUACUCUGACUUUGACGCUAGAUUUGAGGCGGAGUUAAGUCACGCGGUCUCUGAGUCAAGGCUCGUCGUACAGGUCCACGUUCAGCAGCGAGUGGAAGUCUCGCUCCCGGUUCUACCAACGUCCUUCCGAGAGGGAAGCGCGAUUCCGAAGGAUGAUACGAAAAAUACGCACGCAUUCGAGGCCUAAUCGAAAUCCCGAGGCGUGUUUGUCGACUCGUUCACCUUCCAUGUUUUCUGUAGUUGGACUACUACUACCGCCGGAGGUCCUACAUGCAACAGUUUUCUUUCCACGCCAACGAACGUGACUGCUGUUGGUAUCUCGAAAAAGAUACCGAGUUAUAGAAGCGUACGCGUUUCGAAACAGGAGAAAGUUCGUCAACGUGACCAUGUUUCUAUCAGUAAACAAAAAUUCUUCACCUUCUCCCUUUCUUUCUUGCCCCGUCACGAGCCGCAUAUAUAUACAUGUUCUAAAUCCUGCA